AUGAGAUUGUUAUUGCUAUUAACUGUAGUAAUCGCUACAACUUCCCAAAUAAGUGCAAGUAUAAGAAGCUGGGAAGAAGCGGUUCAAGAUGUAAAAGGGAAAAAAUAUGCUCCAAAAUGGGCUAGCCUUGAUAGUCGACCUUUGCCAGAAUGGUUUGAUCGUGCUAAAAUCGGCAUCUUCCUUCACUGGGGAUUAUACUCAGUGCCGGGCUUUGGGUCAGAAUGGUUUUGGAGUAAUUGGAAAGGUGGAGACAAUAAAACAGUUAAAUUCAUGGAGGCAAACUAUCCACCCGGUUUUUCUUACCAAGAAUUUGGGCCAAUGUUCAAAGCAGAAUUUUUUGAUCCUGAAAAAUGGGCAUCUUUAUUCCACAAAGCAGGAGCUAAAUAUGUAGUACUUACUAGUAAGCAUCAUGAAGGAUAUACUCUAUUUCCAUCAAAGAGAUCAUUUAGUUGGAAUUCAAAAGAAGUCGGCCCAAAAAGGGAUUUGGUCAAAGAUGUAGCAAAUGCUGUGAGGAGUAAGAACAUGAAGUUUGGUGUUUACCACUCCCUGUAUGAAUGGUUCAAUCCCAUAUACCUUGAAGACAAAAGGAAUUUAUUCACAACUCGGAAUUAUGUCAAUGAUAAGCUGUGGCCGGAUUUGAAACAACUUGUACAUGAUUAUCACCCAUCAAUUAUAUGGUCUGAUGGGGAUUGGGAGGCGUUUGAUGUUUACUGGAAUUCCACUUCUUUCCUCGCUUGGCUUUAUAACGACAGUCCGGUUAAAGAUACCGUUGUGGUUAAUGAUAGAUGGGGUAUCGGUAUACCAUGCCAUCAUGGAGAUUUCUAUAACUGCGCUGACAGAUAUAACCCUGGUAAAUUGCAAAAUCACAAGUGGGAAAAUGCUUUCACAGUGGAUUCUAAAUCAUGGGGUUAUAGAAGGAAUAUGGCUAUAGAAGAUGUUCUUAGUAUUGAACAGUUGUUGAAGGAAGUUGUGUCUACUGUCAGCUGUGGAGGCAAUGCCUUAAUAAACGUCGGACCAACGAAGGAAGGCACCAUCGCCGCUAUAUUCCAGGAGAGGUUGCUGGCUCUCGGUGACUGGUUGUCGUUGAACGGUGAAGCUAUCUACGGCACUUCUCCGUGGCAUUCCCAGAACGACACCAGGAACGGGGACGUCUGGUACACUUGUGUCAAGAGUACAUUCAACGCUCGUCACCCAUCAGCGAGGCCGAGGAAGAAUGAUGUGAUAACAGCUAUAUACGCUGUUCUAUUGAAGUGGCCUGAAAACAACUUGUUGGUUAUCAGUGACAUUGUUCAGGAUCUACACUCCGGGACACAUGAGGUCACUAUGAUAGGCUCCGAGGGGCACUUGAAGUGGAACAUUGAGAGCGGCCUUGUAUAUAUAACGCUUCCUGAUAAAGCUACCGUCGAAUCAAACUAUGCUUGGACGCUCAAAUUUAAACCAAAAUAA